AUGUCUUAUCCUUUACAUCUAUCAAUUAAUUCUAAAGAAUAUAUAAUUAAGAAUUGUUUAGGAUAAGGUUCAUUUGGAAAAGUUUAUUAAGCCGAAAUAUUAUGUUCCAAAAAAAUAGUUGCUAUAAAAGUUCAAAAUAAAAUUAGUGAAUCUGAAAAGAAAUUAAUUUAAGUCUUUAAAGGAAAGAAUUUCAAGAAUCUCGUCAACAUUUACGAUUACUAAGAAUAAAACAAUUUGAUAUAUAUAGUGAUGGAAUAUUGUUCUCAUUCACUUUAUGAUUAAAUUCAAAAAAAAACAAUUAAUCCAAAAGAUAUAAGAUAUGUAUUGAAAUAAAUAAUGAAUGGCUUAAGUGAGCUUCAUAAUGAAGGUUUGGCUCAUAGAGAUCUCAAACCAGAAAAUAUACUCAUUUGUCAUUUAGAAGAUCGUGGAAUGAUGUAAGAGGUUUACAAAUUAUGUGAUUUUGGCACUUCUAAGUAAUCUGAUAGAUUAGCAACGGAAUGCGUUGGGACUCCUUAUUAUUUAGCCCCAGAGUAGAUUUUAAAAUAAACUUAUGAUAAAAGUGUUGACAUUUGGGCAUUAGGGGCUGUAAUGUAUGAAUUAUUUACAAAUGUCCCUCUUUUUUCAGGUACCUUAUGUAUAUAUCAUUCUAGGUCAAACUAUUGAAUAAAUAUAUAGCCAAAUUUUAAAUCUUGAUAUAAACAAAAAAAUUGAUAGUCUUUAAGCUCUAGAAAUUAAGUAUAAGAAUUUACUUAAGCACAUGCUUAUUAGAAAUCCAUAAGAGAGAAUUAAUUUAUAGUAAAUAAAAAAGAUAAUUGAAGAAAGAAUAUCUUAGAGUGUUGAAAAAAAACCAUAAGUAAACCUAAAUAAUCUUUAAAUAAAAGAGUCUACAUAAUUGAAUCUAAAAUAACCAAAUUAAAUCCCAUCCAAUUUCAAUUAGAAUUAAAAACCUCCACUUCAUUUAAAUCUUCCGCCUAAAUAAUAAUCUUAAAUUUAAUAAUUUAACAUUAAUAAUCAACUACAAAAAUAGUUUCCUAACUAAAAUCAAAUAAAACCAUUAUAAAAUUUUAAUCAAAUAUCUUAAAUAUAGAACUCUCAAUAAAUAUAAGAUUAUUCCCAAAUUAAAUUUAACUUUUAAGGGUAAUAACGUAAUUCUGCACCAGAUUUAGUUUCAAACAUUUAAAAGACAUAAUGA